CUGGUGUUUUCGUUUAGUGUUUUCGUGUUCUCACAGUUUUUCAUUUUCAGACGUCAAAAUUAAUUAAUUUAUAUUAUUAAAAAAAUGGCUAAAAAGACAUAUGAUUUACUAUUCAAAUUGCUCCUAAUUGGUGACUCCGGGGUUGGAAAAACGUGUAUACUAUUCAGAUUUUCUGAUGAUGCGUUCACAACAACUUUUAUAUCAACUAUAGGUAUAGAUUUUAAAAUUAAAACUGUCGAAUUAAGGGGUAAAAAGAUUAAACUUCAAAUAUGGGACACCGCGGGGCAGGAAAGGUUUCAUACAAUUACAACUUCUUACUAUCGAGGUGCCAUGGGUAUAAUGUUAGUUUAUGAUAUAACCAAUGAAAAAAGUUUUGAAAACAUAGUCAAAUGGUUAAGAAAUAUAGAUGAGCAUGCGAAUGAAGACGUGGAGAAAAUGAUCCUUGGUAAUAAGUGUGAUAUGUCUGACAAAAGAACAGUGAGCAGAGAACGAGGAGAAACUAUUGCACGUGAACAUGGCAUUAGAUUUAUGGAAACAUCUGCAAAAGCCAAUAUAAAUAUAGAUAAAGCUUUUAAUGACCUUGCCGAGGCCAUCUUAGAUAAGACAGCAGGCAGAGAACCAGGUGAUCAUGUUGAUAGGGUAUUGGUAGAUAGAAAACAGCAGUCAAAUACUUCCAGAUCUUGCUGUAACAAUUAGUUCUAAGUAUUUCAACUUUUUCAAUUAAUCUUAUGCAUAAGAACUGAUUUCUAAAAAAAAAUUGUUACUCUGAACAAGUUUUUUUACCAUUUACAAAAUAGUCUAAGAAAAGUAAAAAGGGAGAAGUCAGUUCAUUUGUGCUGUAUGUGUCAUAAACCAAAAAUCUGAGUGUAGGUGUAGUUGGAAUCAAUUCUACAUGGCAAAUAUUGCUGAAAGCUUCUGAUUUUUGGUUUCAGAUUUUGAAAUAUUCAAAUCUUUUAAAACGAAAUUACAGAGGCACAAAUGUUUAAUUAUAUAUUAUAAAUGUGCUUUACUUAUUGUAUGGUAAAUGUCAAGAUACAAAUUAUUUUUUAAUAUAUUUAAUAUAAGCCAUUUGCUUUAAAAUAAACUUAUCCAGUGUGAUGUAGAAUACGAUGAUGUACUUCACUGAUGUGAAAAAUUUUCACAUUUUUGUAUAGAAUUACAUUUUGUAAUAUGACAAUUUUUUAGAUAUUUCGCUCACAUCAACGUAAUCAUUUGAAUGAGUAUUUGAUGUUUAGGUGCAAUUUUAUCAAAUGUUUUCUAUCAUAAAUAAAAAAUUGUUGCUUUCAACAUUAUAUUUGUUCAAUUAAAACUUGAUAUUAAAUUUAAGCAGGACAAACCAGAGAGACUCGAAUCGAACUUAAGUUUAGGAUUAGUUUUAUGUUAGUUUUUUUUAUAUAAUGAAGUCAUUACUGAAUUUGGUUGUUGAAGAUCGUUGUGUAUUAUUUAAUUGGGUUGCCAAUGGUUCUCUGGUCCUGUACAUUAAUGUGUGUAUGUGCUAAUUUUUUAAGUUCGUCAUAUACAUGUUUUUCGUUUGUAGAAAGUAUUCAGUUUAAUGUAGAAACUUGCAACGAUUUAUUUACGUGUAUAAAAUAUGCUUUUCCAAAAAUAAAGAAAACAAAAUAAA